CUAUUGAGCGCGAAAUAAAAUAAAUGUCGAAUAAGCGAAUUUUUUGCAAUAAAAAUAAAAGAAAUCUGGAUUUGAGCGAUGAAACUGCUAGCGGAAGCCAUGCCAAGCGCCAGUGCAGCGAGAGUCUCAUUUGGCCGGAGGGCGACGACGACGACAGCAUCUUUUCCAGCGCGAAGCUGGAGGAUUUGCUGGGUGGCCGGAAGGAGGAGCUCUUCGGGACGCAAGCGCACCCUAGCAACAACAAAAAGUUACAGCAAAGUGGAUCGGAUGAUGGACUUGGACUCUUCGGCGACACAUCCUUCCCAGGCACUGAGAAGCUUCUUCUAAACGAUCAGCCCCAACCCGGCGAAUCCGGGAAUCAAACGGAUCACCAUCCAAUUGAUCUGGCGGAGGAGGACAAUGCCGACGAGGUGUUUAAGAAAAUUAACCUCAACGAUCUGAGCAUAGCCGAAAUGGAGGAUAUAUUCCAUGGCGCAGAGGACUUCAGUGAACCCAUGGUGCAAAACACGCAACUCUUCUUGGAGGCGGUGACCUUUAAAAUGCCUCGGACGCCGGAGAAGCCACCGCCCUCCGUUAAGGACGAAUCUAUGUCCUUUAUUUCCAAAUCUGUGAUAGAAGGAAUAGUGCAGGGAACGCAAUAUGUUACCUGCGAAGAGCUUAAGAAUCAAUCUAUUCUUGACCCAGUUAACUGGGAGACGCAGGCUUUUGCAGACUACGAAACAGAGCAGCAAGUAAAGGACACAUUUCCCAGCAAAGGUGAAUUUUAUGGUCUGCCAGAUAAGGUAAAAAAGAUGAUACUUGAGCACAAGGGCAUCAAGAGUCUUUAUGAAUGGCAAGACGAGUGCCUGAAUCUACCUGCCAUCAGGCAUAGAAAAAAUCUUAUAUAUGCCCUACCGACGAGCGGUGGAAAAACCCUAGUGGCCGAAAUCCUUAUGUUGCGGGAACUUCUCUGCCGCGAACGUAAUGUUUUGUUUAUUCUGCCAUAUGUGUCGAUUGUCCAGGAGAAGGUCAGCGCCAUGUCUCCAUUUGCCAUCGAUUUGGACUUUAUUGUGGAGGAGUACACGGCGGGCAAGGGCAAAUGUCCGCCACAACCGAGUCGAAAGAGGCGUAGUCUGUUCAUUGCCUCCAUUGAAAAGGGAGCUGUUCUAAUGGACAGCUUAAUAGACGCACAGCGUCCCCACGAGAUUGGUCUUGUAGUAGUGGACGAAUUGCAUUUGAUUGGCGAAAGAGGUAGAGGAGCCACCUUGGAGGCUUUCCUCACAAAGGUGAUGUUUUUGAAUGCCGGCAUUCAAAUUGUGGGCAUGAGCGCAACGAUAGGAAAUCUCAGUGAAAUAUCGUCCUUCCUGAAUGCCGAUGUCUAUACAAGGGGCUUUCGACCCGUGGAACUGAAAGAGUACAUUAAAUGUGGCUCGGAUUUGUUGGAAAUCAACUCGGCUGGUCAAACGCUGGAGGAGAUCUUCGUUCCCAGUCGCAGCGUUGACUACAAUUACAGCGAAGCUGUGAAACGUGCAGAUCCCGAUCACCUGGCUGGUUUGAUCAGUGAAUGUGCUCCGGAACACUGCUGCCUGGUUUUCUGUCCCAGUCGCAAGAAUUGUGAAAAUGUGGCCUUACUUCUCAGUCGCAUUGUUCCAAAACAAAAGUUUUUCGAGCAUCGACGUAGCGAGAAGGUGGAUCUAAUGGAUGCGCUGGACAAGAUGUGCGGGAUACUUAGCCCGGUCUUGGCUAAAACUCUGCCGUACGGCAUUGCCUAUCACCAUUCGGGUUUGACAACAGACGAAAGGAAGUACAUAGAAACUGCCUAUCGCUUUGGAGUCAUUACAGUCAUCUGUUGUACCUCCACUUUGGCUGCAGGCGUGAAUCUUCCAGCCAAGCGGGUAAUAAUACGAGCUCCCUAUGUGGGACAGGAAUUUAUGACAUUGUGCAAGUACAAACAAAUGGUGGGACGCGCUGGUCGCGCCGGAUUGGGUGAGGCUGGCGAAAGCAUUUUGAUAGCCCAGAGCAAAGAUAAUUUGCUGGUCGGUCAAAUGCUCUUCUCGCCCAUGGAUAAGGCGCUGAGUUCAAUGGAUCAGCAGGAGGCAGUCGGAUUGCAAUCUCUUAUUCUAAGCGUGGUUGGUCUGAACCUGGCAGAAUGUCGUCGAGAUCUAAAUCGGCUGGUGAACAGCACCCUUCUGUCUGUGCAGGCCAGCGCCCUGGAUGUCGCUGUGGACGAAAUAGUGCUCCAAAUUCUUCGCGAGAUGUUUAAAAACAAAGUGCUGCAGGUAAACGAGCCGGCAGCCAAGUCCAAGAUAAAUUCCUCGGAGAUCAUAACCACGCAGGACGUGAACCAGACCAAUAGGCCUGCUGGCGAAAGACGUUUGCUCAUCGGCCAGUCCACCCCUUUUAAGUUGACCAACAUUGGAAGGGCUGCCUUCAAGGCGGGGAUUGAUUACAAGCGAGCAAAUGCCAUCCACAAGGAGCUGAAGCAGGCCCAGCAGCAGCUCAUCCUGACCAACUACUUGCACUUGUUGUACCUGGUCGUGUGCUUCAAUUCGAACGAAAAAGGCGAUGAAUUGUUUCCGGCCGAUGCCAGCAUACUCUUUGGAGUUUACACCUCGCUUCCGCCAGACUCUCAGGCUUUAUUCAAGCAACUCGGCUUCACGGAAGCCCAUGCAGCUAGGCUUUUUAAGACGCAGUCGGUCCAGGGUCCCUUGUCCCUGCAGCUGAAUCGCCUGUACAAGGUGCUUGUACUGGCGGACAUUCUGAAUCUACUGCCGCUCCCCAACGUGGCCACCAAGUACAACGUCGAGCGGGGAACACUGCAGCACCUGAUCAGCCAAUCUCUAGCCGCCUCCAGUGCAAUUGUUCGUCUGUGCGAGGAACUGGAGGAGUUCUGGUGCUUUAAGCCCUUGUUCGAGCGGAUCCUUCACAAAAUGGAUCGCUGUGGAACUUUCGAGUUGGAGCCGCUGAUGGAACUGCCAGCCGUUAGAAUUAAUCGUGCCAAGCAACUGUUUGCAGCUGGAUUCAAAACAAUCGAGGAUAUAGCCAAAACUAGACCCAUUCUCUUAGUUCAAUCCUUGGAGCAUAUGCCGCUUAGAGUGGCCACCGAAAUCGUCUCGGCAGCUAAGAUAAUUUUAAUGAAAAAACUUGACCAUCUGGAGGAGGAAACGGAGAAUCUUAAGAUGUGCCUGAAAUCUUCCCGUAAAGAUUAGUUGGCCGCCAAUCCAAGUAAAGUUCUAGACAAAGUUAGUUUUAAAUUUA